CUGAUUUUCAUCCAUAUAAAAAUCUCCUGAAGGAAAAAUUGAAUUAAUUUAAAUAACCUUAUCACUAAGGAUGUUUUUAAUUAUAUAAAAAUGCACAAGCUUGUUUCACAGUUUUCAAAAUUAAAAAGAAAUUUUUUCUAAGUGCGAAUACGAGCAGUGUCAUAAUUAAAGAAAGAAGAUUUCCAUUCAAGAGUAAAUAAAGCAAAUUGAUAAUUAAGAAAAUAAUUUUGGUAAACUAUUUGGAAUAUCAUCUGAACCGAUCGAGAUUAUUAAGAUAAAUUUAUAGUAAAUAGAAGUUGUGCAUUACGCGCAAUUACAAAUAUGGCGUUUUGUACAGCGCUGAACCGGUUGUAAUGUUUUUUGCAAAUAUUGUGAUUUUUUACUGAAAUACAUUUUAAAAAUGAUAAGAAUAACAGCAUUGAAUGAGGUUUUGACCGGGAGUGAUGAUGAAGAAGAUGUUACAACAAUUACAAAAGAAGCUGAGGAGCAAAUUGCCCUUACGGAAUACAACAGAGCAUUGCAAUUGAUGCAAGAAAAAAAGAAAGAAGAUGCUUUAGUUGUCUUGAAAGAUUUGCUCGAUACGGAACUUUUGGAUCAGGUUGAGAAACCGGAAACACCUGAUGGACAAUCACGACCAAUGUUGUCGCUAAAAUACGCGUGUUUCAAAAACAUUGGAAGCAUUCAAAACGAAUUGGAAAACUAUGAGGACGCUAUUGAGAAUUAUUGGGAAGCUACGACUUUAGACGAUGCGGAUGUCACUCUUUGGCAUAGAAUUGGAAUGUUGGCGAUGAAAAUAUCAAAACUUGAACUCGCUUGUUCGGCCUUUAAACAAGGCUUAAAAUGCAAUCCAAAUCAUUGGCCAUGUUUGGACAAUAUUAUCAUUGCUUUGUACGCGGUUCCCGAUUAUAUGAAUUGUUUACUUUACAUUUCAAUGGCUCUUGAACGCGACUCAACGUACAUUCGAGGCCUGGCUUAUCGUAAUCAAAUUUUCAAACAUGUGCCUUGUCUCGAGGAAUCAUACAAACUUUACAAUAGCGAUUGGGCCUUGGAUCCACCUCUCGAUACUGAAUAUGAUACUAUAAUUGGCGAAAAAUUAUUGGAAGAGGCGGAGGAAAUUUCCAAAAGAUGGGCAGAAGCUUGUCGACCUGAAUUUCAUUUAAAUCCUCUACCUCUUUUGACUUUUCAUAAACCUCUAGCGCAAUAUUCCUGGUUUGAAUUGGGUGAGCGAUUGGUAAACAUUCACGAGUACGUGUUCAAGAACGAUAUCAGCUUCGCCAGUAAACUCAGCAUUGUUGUUGAGAACUCGGAAGAUGUCGAGAAAAAAGUAUCAGUCAAUAAUGAUCAACAGGAAAAUGUUGAUUCGAAAAUUAUGGAAAUUGACGACGAUGUAGAAAUAAAAAUUGAGGAAGAGUUGGAAAUUAUAAAAAAGGAAGAGGAACAAAAAAAGGAAGAAGAACGAAAAAAGGAUGAAGAACGAAAAAAGGAGGAAGAACGAAAAAAAGAGGAAGAACGAAAAAAGGAUGAAGAACGAAAAAAAGAGGAAGAGAGAAAAGAGGAAGAAAAACGAAGAAAAGAGGAAGAAGAGCGGAAAGAGAAGGAACGAAAAGAAGAAGAGCAAAGAAAGGAAGCAGAAAAGAAGCUAGAAGAGGAACGAAGGAAAGAAGAGGAAAGAAACAAGGAAGAAGACGAUCCGCCAGUGUUUGAAAUCGAUGACGAUACUCCAGUUUCAGAUAACGAUGUCCUGAUGGAAGUUGACAACGACGAUGAUAUAAAAUCCGGUUCAAGUGACAUUCAAGUCAUCGAAUUGGAGGAUCCAUUAAAAUUUUCCGAAUCGGAUGUAAUUCCUCUGGACGAUGAUAAUGAUUUCAAAUUUUUUGAUCCUGAUAUCGAUCUAGAGAAAUUGUCACAGGAAAAAGAAAUCGACAAAGUACCAAUUGAGACAGAAAUUGAAAAAUUAGCACAUAAGAAAACUGAAAAAUUAUCAGAUCAAAAGGAACCGGAAAAAUUACCCCUUGAGAAGGAAGAGGAAAAAUCAAAGAAACAGGAGGAAAAAUCGAUGGAGAAAUUAGAAGAUAACGAAACUCUUAAACAAAACGAUAAAUCGAAUGAUAAAACCAGUGAAAAAUCAUCAAAGGUCGAUGAAAAAUUGAACUCCGAAAAAUCGGAGAAUAAAGACGAGAGUCAAAAAGUAAAGAAAAGACGAAGAAGUUCUCUUUGUUUUUUACAACAAUGGCACUGGAGUGCAAAUAAUACGAGAAAAUCGGCAAGAGUUCGUGGUGGAUCCAAUCGAAAAGAAGCCGAAAGAGACGACGUUCUUUUAGAGGAAACAUUACGUCGAAUCUUUCCCAGCAGUUUACUAUCUGAAAAUGUAAAGUUUUCACGAGAAGAGCCUUCGAAAUCUAUGGACGAUUCGAUGGAUACAAUGGAUUUGUAUCAAUUAUUUGCUAAUAAAGAAAAUGCCGAAGGAAUUGUAAGUGCAGAAAGUUCAAAACCAACGAGUCCUCAAGACUGCGGGCAGCAAAAUUAUUUCGGAUCGGAUUCGGAAAAAGCAGAUGUCGAAUCUUUUAUCAAUGAACAUAGUUGUAAAAAUAACUUGAUGAUCAUAAUAGCAAAAUAUACAGAAUUUUUGUGCACUAAAUGGAAUCUUGAGUGGCCGAAAGGACUCUCUGAAAUAUAUUUACAGGCUUAUAAGUUUACAAGAGAACACAUUCCACACGCCCCUUUUGGCGAUGAAUCGGAUGACGAGAUUUUAAAAUUAGAUUCGGAAAUGGCUUUAUUAUUUGGAGAACUUUAUACUGAUCAAUGGAUGGACAAUAAACCGGAAGUUGUUCCACCUUCAAAUUUAAAAACCUUUGGGAAUGGAAUGCCAUCCGAGGAACUUGGAUACAUUAUUUUCUCGAGUGUCAGAAAUAAUUUGUUUAACGAGGAGAAUUUACUUUUCUUGUUACGAGUUUUAUGGCUGAAGGCAAAUAUAUAUCUUUGCCAAGGAGAAAUGGACAUUGUUGUUGAUACUUUAGAAUUGUUGUUGAAUUACAUGCGCCAGUUGAACGGCGAAAUUCCCAGCGCAUUUCUCAAGCUUAAAAAUUGUAAAUACCAUUCUCACAUAAGUAUUAAGGCUGUUGAAAAAUUAUUACUGUCGAUCAGAAGGGGUCAGAAACUUAAGGAAAUUAAAAAACUUCAUGAUGAAAAGAAAUAUGUUGAGCUUGUAGGAAUUUUAAAAGAAACUUUCCAGUUUACAAAACAAGCGAGUCGAAGUGGAGUUAACAAUAACGGUGUUAUUGUGGAUCGAGUUGAUCAACUUAACAUGUUAUUGGACAGUUUAUGGAAACUCGAAGAAUACGAGGAAUGUUAUAUUUGGUCCGAAGCUUGUUUAAAUGAAGCCUGGAAAACUUACAUAAACAGUUCAGAUGAAACUGUACAGAAAAGAUGGCUUAAUACAAUUUUAAAAAUUCUUGAAAAAUUGGAUGCCUGCACCUCCGAAGUUAGCAUCUUUAUAGUGCAAUACUUGAAUCCUGAAAAUCGAUCUCGUCUGGUGCAAAAUUUAGUUCAUAUAGUAUGUCAUCAACUGGAUGUGCCUGAUAACGUCACGGAAAUGACUUUCAAAACUAUCUUGCCUUGGAUUUUGCUUCAUUCUAUUUUACAAUUUGAAGAAGAUAAAGAGAGAGCAAAAUCAACUCUAACCGAUAAAAACAAAAGUCAAUCCUCACAAAAUUUAGAAUCCGAUGAAGAAGACGAGGAUAAAGAUAUUCCAGCAUCUUUAAUGAUUCUUUUCAUAGCUCACGAUUUUCUGGGUCGUCGACGUUGGUGUACAAUGGAUCAAGCGAAACUUCUUAUUUUUAUAAUGAAUCUGAUAAUACCUAAACUUCGUAGUCCGCAAUAUUCAAAUAUUCGUGACAAAUUAACAAAGUAUUUGGAACAAAUUUUCUAUUGCCUUUACGGACAUCCAGUGAGACAAAAUAAAUCGAGACCGAAACAUCUUGAGGAUCAUGACGUUAAACAAAUUGAAAUCACUUGGCAAACAGCUCAAUACCUUAUUGAUUUUUAUCGACCGGACGUUCUACCGGAUUUUGAUAGUCCGAAAGCGUUAUCUAUUUCAGCCGACACUGAAUCACUUUUCAAACGAAUCGGUAAACUCAUUCCGCAGGAAAGUGAUCCUAAUUUAAUUUUAGAUGACAUGACUGAUUAUAUUACGGGCGAUAGAGAGAACAUGCCAAGUGUCGCAAAACCACCCACUGAUCAAAUCUCGAUCCUCUAUUAUUUACUUGCGGAUUAUUAUCAUAAAAACCAAAAGUGGAAUUUAGCUAGUAAAUAUUAUUUGCUACAUUUGUGUUUUCAACCGAGCGACAUUAAUUCUUGGGUUGGAUUGGCAAUGACUACUGGAACUUCACUCGAAACCUGGCUCAAUAAUUGUCGUCCAAACAUGAAAGAAGACAAUUUUUUCGUUAAAGCGAAACUUACUCAAUGCAGUUAUCAACGUGCUAUCGAAUUAUCGCCAGCUAGUUUGGUUAUUUGGACGGAAUACGGGAAUUUUGUCUAUGUGAUUCAUUCCUUCUGCUCGCGUCUUUUAAAGGCUGAAAGUGAAUCACUGAAUAUGGAAAGAUUUCGAGUUUUGGAAACACGAAAAGAAGAAAUGCUUUCAAUAGCCGCCAAUUGUUUCUCAUCAGCAAGUCGUAUUUUUAUUACUUGUCAGGGAAUUGACAAAUUGCAGGACGAGCGCUGGCUUUAUCAAUACAUGUUAGCAAAAAUUGCCGAAAAGCAAAACGAAGAUCCGCCCGUAUUCCUCGAUCAUUAUUCAAAAGCAUCGGAAUUAUUACAGCAAUGCGACGCUGAAUAUCCAGGACGAAUAAAUCACAAAACACCACAAAACCUCUCAGUGGAAGCAUUAGAAGUACAUUAUCGAAUUCACGCCAGUAUACUGAAAUAUUUAGAGCAACAUGAGGGAAAGCCUUUGAAAAAAUCUAUAGGAAAAUUAUUUGAGGAACAUCUCAAUAAAUGUGCCCAAGGUCCAUUCAUGAAAUUCCCAUCGAAAUUAAAUUUUAAUUCUGAACUUGAUAAAGUAUCAAAAUCAAUUCAAGGACAAAAUAUCUUGAAAGCAAAUGCUGUUCAAAAUCGUUCGAGUAGCAUUGAGGAAAUUGAAAUUGUCGAUAAAUCGUCACAAAAUAAAGUUGAGAGUUUAAAAAUAGAGAAUCGUAAACGAUGUUCCGAGGAGCCAAUUUCAGAUAAUGCUAAAAGAAUAAAAUUAUCUGCAGUUUCUCAUCUUCAAUUAAUGCAGGAUGUUGUCGCAUUGAUUGACGAUCUAAUUGAUAAUGUUUGCGAAAUUGCGGUUCAAAAUAAAGGAAGUAAUGAAGAAGUCACAAUUAUUUCGAGUGAUGACAAUGAUGAAGCCAGGACGCAAGUGAGGACUGACGUAAUUGAAUUUCCCAUGGGAGGAAAUGGUUAUUCCAUGAAUCGUCAAAACUCCAUUGCCAAAGAGUCUGCGGAGAAUGUGGAAAAAAUGCAAACAUCCACGAUUGAAGAAGAUUCCAGUAAAAUUGAUUCACGGAAAGAAGAAAGACAGGAGGUAGAAAUGAAGGAAAAAUUUGUUGAAAGGAAAAAAAUAUUGCGGAAGGAAGGGACUUUAGCUCGAAGAGGUUCUCAAGAAAGUACAACGACUCAAACGAGCACGACUGAGACGAAUAAUUCCAGUUCGAGCAGCAGUGAUGAUAGUUCAAGUAGUGAAGAAAGUUCAGACAGUGACAGUUCCAGUGACAGCGACAGUGAGACGGCAGAGAGUGAAGUCGAGAAAAAGAAAAAAGAAAACGGAAAUUCUGACGAAGAAGAAUGUUUUAACGACAACGAAACUGCAUCGCUAAUCGCUCACUGUUUAGCUGGAUUGGAACAGUGUCUUUUAAGGUUCCCCGAACACUACAAAUCGCUAUAUCGAAUGGCCCAUUUCUUCUAUUAUAAUAAAGUUGCCAAGAAUUCUACAACCUGCCGGCAAUUACUGUUGGAAACUUAUUCCUGUCAAUUUUAUCAAUCACAAACAGUACAAGGACUUUUUACCGAUAGAAAAAGUACCAAUUUUUUUAAUGGUGUCUGGAGGUUACCAAGUCAUGAAAUUGAUAGAUCGGGAAGUUUUGCCUCUCAUAUGUCGAGAUGUGUCGUGUUAUUGAUGCAAGUUUUGAAAGAAACGGGAGACAGUAAAAUGCUUAUGGAACUUUGCGUUCAGCUUCAAAAAGUUCCCGAAUCCGACAAGAAAUAUUUGAGGGAUUCGGAAAGAGAACAACUUUGUCGUCAGGCUUGGACUCUUUGUGUUCAAACACUGAGGAGUAGGAUUCAAUCAAUGGAUCCACCUUCGACGACCAAUGUCUCACAAUUGCCGAGAGCUGACAAAAGAACUCAAGCUUUACUUGAUGUUUAUCAGAUUCAUGUGCAAAUUGGCAAGAAAGAAUCCCAGUGGUCGGAGUCGCAGAUUUAUACUGCUCGUAAUUUAUUGGUUCAGGCUUAUAAAGCGUACAUUGGAACAAAAAAUGUGGAAGGAAAUGUCGUCGAGGCUGCUCUAAAGUACUGCCAACAGGCGAACAAAACUGCAGCCAUUUCUAUCCUGACACCAGUUGCAACUACCUCAACUUCCGCCACGACCACCGUUACUGUAAAUACUACUGCAUCGAAUUCAACAUCGACGAGCGUUCCACAGGUGACGCAGAGUCGGAAGCCACCGAAGGCGGCGUCGUCAGCAAUAGGCCGACCACGUGGACGUCCCAAGAACGUUAACAAUCAACUCCAGAGCCUACAGCACGACAGUAUGAGUAAUCAAUUUAGUUCUAAAGGAGCGUAUUCGAAUUAUGUCAAUAGCGCAGCUUCAGUCAAACAGAUGCUAAACCUGGCUAAUAAUUCAGCGACAACGGCACCGCGACCAACACCACUCUACCAACAAUCGUCGUCAAAGACAACCACAACUACCACCACCACCACAACCUCUAGUUCAUCGAUUAAGGAACGACCAGACAUCUCAAUAACGCCUGUCGGUUCGACAUCGAAUUACAAACAAAAAUUCCCCCCAAAUACCACUUCACCCCAAACAAAAGCGACAUCAUCAUCAUCAUCAUCAUCCCAAAUGUCAUUGCUUAAAAAUUCACCAACUCUGGCAAAACCGACAGCGACAAAGUCAAAUCCCCCACCUUCCAUUUCCACAGUCGCGAAACCAUUUUCCCCUCCCGUAAAAUCGUCUUCUCUCGGAAAAUCAGCUCCUCUUUCGAAAGCAAUUGCAAAUCCGAUCCCAAAACCAAUUCCCUCAACGAAACCAGCCCCACAAAUACGAGUACCAAAUACUCCUCAACCUGCCCACAAUUCCCUCCCCUACACGCAACACAAAAACACUGUAGCCGUCAGUCCAAGUGUCCUGAUAAAACCCCCAACACUUCCAAUGCAGAAUCGCGCCGGAACCACCCUUCAGGAUAAAUUAAAAUCAAAAAAGCAACCACAACAAACCUCUAUCACGAAUCCGGCAAAAAAGCAAAAAUCAUCGACAAGUUUGCCUCAAGCAUUGCCAACCUAUCAUCACCUACAACCACAAUUCUCUCCCACCUCGCAACAUUUUUUAUCCGAAUUGAGCGUCUCGGUGAAUCCAGUUGGCAAGGUACCAUGUUCCAAAUCACCAAAUAUUCGUACUAAACAAAAACCCAUUAAACCCGUGGAAUUAUCAUCACCAAGUUCUUCAAUGAGCCAAGCAAAAGUCAAUGAAACUCUCUCGGCACUCAACCAACUACAGCAGCACUCAGCAAUUGAAAUAAUUCCACAGCAAAAAAGUCAGACUCUGGAUUUUGCUAAGAAUCUACCAAAAUCAAUUAACAUUAUGCCUCAAGGUAUGCCCGAGAGUCUAAAAACAUCCGGCGAUCUUUCCGUAUUCGAAAUACCAAAAAAAAGUGCUAAUCCAACUAAUAAAAGAAACGAAAAAUCUGCAUCGAAAGACAGUGUUGAAAUUAUCACAUUGGACGACUGAAAUUAUUUCACGAUUCGGCGAUAAUUUUUUUUUUUCUUCAAUGCCGAAUCGUGACUUAAAAACAUAAAAGUAGAGAUUAAAUCGAUAGUUUGAUCAGAAAUCAAAGAACUAAAAAAAAUUGUUCGUGAAAUAAAUGAAAAUUGUGUAGAAGCGAAACUAUGAAGGCGAUAGAUUUUCGCUGAUUCAUUGAUAUUGACGAUGAGCAAAUUCGAAUUAUUAUGUACAGAGAAAUAUUUUGCAAAUUACAUAAUUGGUAAAGAUAUUUUUUUACAGUUUCGAUCACAAUGUAGAUACAAAACUUCGAAACUUGAUAAAAAAAAAAGUUCUUUCGAGUAAAAAAAAUUAUGAAAAAAUACUUUUUUAAUAGAGAAUAAUUUAUAGGUAUAGCUGUUACAGUUUUGUUUUCAACUUUCAUUGAAAACAAAAUAGUAAAUUUCAACUGUCGAAUUGUAAAUUUCUAUUUUCAUUGAAUCUGAUUCAAUCUUUUUUUCCCGCAAUUUUAUUUACAUUUUUGCAAAAAAAAUUAUUUUUGUAU